AUGAAGAAAAAGCCAACAACUAGCAAGCUUGAUGCUAGUGUGCUUGAGGUACCUAUUGAUAAUGUCUCUUUUAACUAUCCUUCUAGUGUCAACAGGUGGAAGUAUGUGUACCAGAAGAGGUUGUCUUUGGAGAGGGAGUUGGCUCAGAAUGCCCUUGAGUGUAAGGAGAUCAUGGACCUGAUUAAUGAAGCUGGGUUAAUGAAGACUGUAACUCAUUUCUCUAAGUGUUAUGAGAUGCUGGUGAAGGAGUUUAUUGUGAAUCUAUCAGAAGACUGUGCUGAUAAAAAGUCAAAAGAUUUUAGAAAAGUGUAUGUGAAAAGCUGGCCUCUGAAGGGAAAACUUUAUGCAAGCAAGCUCAGCAUAAAGUAUGUCAUGCUACACAAGAUUGGAGCUGCUAACCGGGUGCCCACAAACCACAAGUCAAUUGUUGUUACUGUCUUGGGAAAGUUUAUAUAUGUUGUUGGAACCAAGACAAGGUUUGACAAUGGUACUUACAUCUUUGAUCAGACAAUGAAACAUGCAGGGAGUUUUAGUGUGAAAGGUCCUAUUGUCUUCCCAUCUAUUAUAUCAGGUAUCAUUUUGAAUCAGUACCUUAACAUUUUAAAUGAAAAUGUCUCUAUCUGCAAGAGAGAAAGUACCUUGUCCUUUCACUACAAGCUGUUUCAAGGAACCCAUAUUCUAGACAUUGUUAUGACUUCUGCGGAGACAUCCAAGGGAACCUCAAAGACAAGCAAAGCUGAAAAAGAGGAUGAAAAGGUUGAACAGGAUGGGGUUGGUAGUGAAGAGGAGGAUGGGUCAGAUGAGGAAAGUGAAGGCAAUGCCAGUCCAGAUGAUGGCACAGAUGAAGAAGUUGAUGAUGAUAGCUUCAGUGGCUCUGAGUCUGAUGACUAG